AUGAGCACGGACAUGACGACAGUCUGGUCGCACAUGUCCCAUGCUCCGCACUACUACCACGCCGUUGAUGGCCUCAGCAGCCGCUACUUCUGCCUUCCGACGCCGGAGUACGAGUCGUAUGUGAACACUGGACUUCUCGCACCAGCUUAUGUCAGCGAGACGUAUCUUCUCGGGCAGCAUCAGCAAUCGCCACAGCCGCCUGGCCUCGUUGGCGGGGGCUGCCGUACCCGCGUUUCCCCGAUGUACGUGAGUGCGCCGUUGUUGACGGCCACGCCAAUCACCGAAGGCGGCCUCUCCGUCGAUGCCGCCAGUGCUUGGAAUGCACGCGAUUAUGCACACCCUGCAUGGAAGCCACAGCUACAAGCGCAGCAGCUGCUCUUUUCCAACGCGGAGGUCCCCGACUACGCCUCGAGUGCGCACCCUCUACAGGAUCCCCUCAUUCUCGAAAGUGAUCUUCAUGCUCUGGCCUAUUCGUGCGCUGAAUCAUACGCGAGUCCCGUCGACGCCGAGCUGCCAUCAGCUGUGUUUUCCAUCAGCAACAGCUCUCAGAAUGCGCCCAUCAGCCAAGUCAACGGAACGAGUUCCGUGUUGGGUGGCAUUCCGGCACUACUGGUGCCACCCUCUGUUGCCGUCUUCGCCGGUGGCACGCAGGAAGUGUUCUGGCGCCGUGCUUGCCUCCGCGUGACAUGCGUACCCGUAGCCAGCUCCUCGGGCAGACAUGGUGAGGUGACAGCAGCUGCAUCAGGCGACGCGCAGCGAGCGGUGCGACUCGAAGAGAUCAGGGAUAUGGCCUGCAGUAGUAGUUGUAGAAACAGCCACAAGGGUAGUGACGCCAGUGGAGAAGGACUUGACGAUCUCGUGUGGCACUGGCUGGACACACUUGGCAUGGCUGAUGCUGUCGAAGACGUUCUCUCCCCCGGGGCGGGUCGUGUAUUGGUGAUGUGGAAAGCAGAUUUCACGUACGCGCAAGACAUUAGAGAAGGGGACGCAAGCGAUGACGGGUGGAGGUUGUCCACAGCAGGAGGGCGGCUGGCGAGGCUUCUCGGCGUCAGAGGUGAUGGAGAGGGCAGCAACAGUGACCUUCGUGGUGCACUGUGCGAGGUCAUCGUUGAUGGCAUGCGUCUGCUGCUCGACUGA